AUGUCAUGUCGAAUGCGUAUGGCAGAUUUCCUGGACCCCAUGCACCACCAAGCGGCUACAGGGCGAGACUCGUACAACCUGGAUGGGUGGGUGCUCAACAGAGAGGCCAAUGUCGCGUGCUUCACCCGAUUCGCUGCCUCAACUGACGUGGCAGUAGUGGAGGGCGUGAUGGGGCUAUUCGACGGUCGAGAUGGCAAGACAGAGGUCGGCAGCACAGCAGAGAUGGCCAAGAUCAUAGGCGCCCCAGUUGUCCUCGUUUUAGACUGCUGGUCUAUGUCUAGAAGCGCGGCGGCCAUGGUGCAUGGUUACGCGUCUUUCGACCCGUCUUUGCGGUUCGCGGGGAUUAUUCUGAAUAAGGUUGCCAGCGCAGCGCAUGCCACGUGGCUGACUGAGGCGCUAGAAUCUGCACACGUCAGAGUUCCCGUCCUAGGUGGCAUUCCGAAAUCUGCUGACGUGGAGAUGCCAGAGCGCCACCUGGGAUUGCACCGGCCGGGGGUGGACGCAGACGGGGUGCCAGCUCAGCACGCCGAGCGGCUGGCGACGCUGAUUGAAGCCCACGUGGACCUGGACAGGCUGUUACAGCUGGCAGCUGACGUGGCAGGGGCGCCAACAAUGGGGCCUGGGGGAGGGGAGGGGAGUGUGUGCGGAGGGGAGGAUGUUGAGGGGAGUGUGGUGGGUGGAGGAGGGAGUGUGGUGAGUGGGAUGGGAGGAGCGGGAGGGGGAGAGUGUGGUGGGUUGUCGGCCAAUGAGCUGCCGCCGUUGUCGAUGCCACCCGGAAUGAAGCUUGCUCGCAUUGGAGUGGCGAGAGACGAAGCCUUCUGCUUCUACUACCAUGAUAACCUGUCGCUGCUCAGAGAGGCCGGAGCAGAGAUUGUCUUUUUCUCCCCCCUCGCCGACCCACUACCCCACCGCCUUGACGCGGUUUAUAUCGGAGGGGGCUACCCCGAGCUGCACGCGGCUGCUCUGGCUGCCAACACCAAGUUGGUCUAUGCGCUGCGGGCGUUUGCUGCUGCUGGCGGGGUGGUGUAUGCUGAGUGUGGUGGGCUCAUGUACCUCUCCAGGAGUAUUGAGACGAAGGAGGGCGAGGUGCAUGAGAUGUGUGGGCUGCUGCCCUUCCGCACGCGCAUGGUUUCCACCCUCAAGCUCGCCUACUGCACGGUCCGCCCCCAGCCGAACUGCGUGCUGUUCCCGGCUGAGCUGGGCGAGAUGAGGGGGCAGUUUUUCCAUUUUAGUGAGGUGGUCUUAGAUGACGGCUCGUUCCAUGGUGAUCAGCUGGAGUUUGGGUACUUGAUCGAGCAACAAACUCCAGGCGCCACCUCCCGUCCAGAGGGCUACAUGGUGGGAGCAGUGCUAGCCUCGUACGUGCAUCUGCACUUCGGAUCCAACCCCUCCCUCCCCCACGCCUUCAUAGACGCCUGCCGAACCGACCCUACAAAAUCCGCAGCUGUCGCCGCUGCCUCUGCCUCGGCAGUGGCAGGAGCAGGGGCGGCGGCCGCGGCAGCAGCGGGAGCAGCAGCUGCUGCGGCGGUGGCGGAUGCGUUGAGUGAAGACGAUAGGCUGUCACAGCGAUCGGUCUCGUAUAAUGUGUACUCGUCCCCGGUUCACCCGAGUCAGCUGGGGUUGCAGCAUCAGCAGCAGCAUCAGCAGCAGCAGCAGCAGCAUCUGGCUCCUGGCUGUGCGCCCUCUUCUGUGUCUUCUGUACAGUCUGGGAGCUCGUAUCGAAGGAGGAGUGAGAGCGGAGGGAGGUGGGAUGCGAGGGGGUUCGAUGCUGGUGGGGGGGUGUCGCCGCCUCAUUAUAUCGAGACGUAUGGGAGGGGAGGAGGUCGAGGAGGGGGCGCAAGGGGGGGUAUUGGUGGGCCAGGUGCCCCAUCAGGUAUUUCGCCUGAGCACGAUGAUCCCGCCGAGGCUGACCUCCAGGCUCGGCGGAUGGGCUCUCGCGAGGCAGAGGACCGGUCCUCACGUUCGGAAUCGUAUGCGAUUGGAGAGCGUGCGGGCGGUAGAGUUGUCCCAUAUGCCAUGUUCCCAGGCGGCAGCGCCAUUGGCAGCGCUGUGGCAAGAGCAUACGGCGGGCAAUCAAAUCACAGAGGAUAUGGAUAUGAGCUGGGCACGGGCGGUGGAAGUGGGGGGAGAAUGGGUGGCAGCGGAGGAGGUGGGGGGCGGGGUGGAGUUGACUGGGCUCGGUACGAGCUCUCCCCGCCCCUCCCUUACCAAUCCACAGGUUCUUCCAGGGAGGGGAAUGGCAGUCAAGGGGUGGGAGGGCCAGGAUUUAUUCCUUCCCCUAUGCGGAGGUCUAUUUCUGAGUUGUGGGUGUCUGCGGGUGGGGGUGGUGGGCUAGAGGAGUUGAGUCUGGGCGGAGGGCAAGGUGCGAGUGGGCAAGGGGGAAGAGGAGGGGGAGGAGGCGGAGCAGGGGGAGUAAGAGGAGGAGCGAGAGGAGGAGGGGGAGAUGGGGGAGCGGGUGGGUAUGUGGGGGCAGGAAGGAGAGACAGUGGGAGUAGGGGGAAAGUCGUGGGAGGAGGAACUGGGGCAGGAGGGGUAGGAGCAGGGGGAGAGGGAGGAGUGGGAGGAGGGAGAGGUAGAGGAGGGUCUAGUAACAGAGGUGGUGGGGGUGGUUCAGUGGCGGGGAGAUCAGGAAGCGGAGGUGGUAGUAGCUCGACCUCAGAUCCCUCUGCAUACCUCUCCACCGCUGCUAAUCCCUCUUCAGCAGGUGCCUCUGCAACAGACGGGCGCAGCUAUGCUGAGGGUCGAAGCUAUGCGGAUUCCGGUUCGGCUUCGGAUUAUGAUGAGAUGAACGCGAGUGAUUUGAGGAGCUCUUCUGAGUUUGACGAGGGGCUGACGUCUAGUGGCCGGCUGUCGGAUUUUGUGGGGAGCAAUAGCGGGAGGAGCGUGGAGCAGAUUUAUGAGACGGGGGGAGGGGGUGCGGGAGGAGGGGUGAAGGGGCCUUCUAGCGGGAAAUUGGCGGAUUUUGUGAGUGCAGGGAAGCUUUAUAUCGAGGAUGAGGUUUCCAGUCAAUCACGGGCAGUCAGGAUAGCAGGAGGGGCAGCAGGAGGGGCAGAAGGAGCAGGGGAAGAAGCCAGGGCAGCAGCAGCUGCAGAGGCAGUGGUGGAAUGGCAACAGAGGGACAGCUGUUGGGAGGCAAGAGCAGGAAGCCUCGUGUUGUGUCACUGUCGCCUGCAGCAACUGAUAUCAUCAUGGCACUCAGAGCAACGGACCAGCUGA